AUGUGUGCUACCCAUGGCCGAGCCAAUGCUGCCGUUUCCUCCAUCAAGGGCAACCUCGCCAAGUCUCGCAGCUAUGCAACACCAGUGGACGAGAGUGCUCAGCGCGAAUAUGCCUUUGAAAUGGCCGCUUCUGCUAUUCGUUACGGCGAGGGCGUGACGCGCGAAGUCGGCAUGGACUUCAUCAACAUGCAGUCAAAGAACGUCGUUGUCUUUACCGACAGCAACGUCAAGAAGCUUGUGGCCUUCAAGACGGCCAUUGCAUCGCUUGACAAGGCUGGCGUCAACUAUCACGUCUAUGACAAGACCCGAGUGGAGCCUAAGGAAUCCAAGCUGCACGAAGCCAUUCAGUUCGCUCGGGAUGCUAAAGCAGAUGCAUUCUUGGCCAUUGGUGGUGGCAGUGUCAUUGAUACCGCCAAGAUCGCCAACCUGUACACCGUGUACGACCAGGCCGACUUUUUGGACUUUGUCAACGUGCCCCUCGGCAAGGGCUUGCCCAUUGAGCGUCAGCUGCGCCCAUUGAUCGCUGUUCCUACCACCGCUGGUACGGGUUCAGAGACGACUGGCAGUGCCAUCUUUGACAUGGAAUCUAAGAAGGCCAAGACGGGUAUUGCUUCGCGCAUGUUGAAGCCAACUCUCGGCAUAGUCGACCCACUCAACACGGCCUCGAUGCCACUUGGUGUCGCAGUGAGUUCUGGUCUGGAUGUGUUUUGUCACUCUCUCGAGUCCUACACGGCUCUGCCUUACCAUAUGCGAUCUCGUCCAUCGGACCCUAAAUUCAGACCCGCAUACCAAGGUGCCAACCCAAUUUCUGACAUGUGGGCACUCAAGGCACUCGAGAUGUGUAUUGCCUACUUGCCCCGUCUGGUCGCUUCGAACUGUCAAGAUGAAGAGGCACGUAAAGGCAUGACGCUCGCUGCGACCUAUGCCGGUAUCGGCUUUGGCAACGCAGGUGUGCACAUCUGUCACGGAGCAUCGUAUGCCAUCUCUGGUAACAACAAGAGCUACGUCCACCCUGACUACAACCAAGACACACCCCUCAUCCCACACGGUGUGUCGGUAGCAGUCACUGCACCAACGGUGUUUAGGUUCACCGCUGCUAGUAACCCAGACCGCCACUUGCUCUGUGCCAAGAUGUUGGGUGCCGAUGUCACGAAUGUCAAGGCAGAAGAUGCUGGACAAGUGCUCGAAGAGGCCAUCAAGGCAUUCUUGUCAAAGUUGGAUGGACAGCCUCGUGGUUUGCAGGACUUGGGUUACACGCGUGCAGACUUGCCUGCGCUUGUGGAGGGUACCUUGCCGCAACAGCGGGUGUUGAUGUUGUCUCCAGAGUCGGUCAUGAAGGAGGACCUUGAAACUAUCUUUGAGGGCAGUCUCAAGUGGUAG